AACUUCUAGGGCAUAAACAAAACAUCUAUCAAAUGACACAUGAUACGUGUUUAUAGUACUAUGAGAAGAAUGGCCUUGAAACAGAUUUCCAGCAAUAAGUGCUUUGGGGGAUUGCAGAAAGUUUUUGAACAUGACAGUGUUGAACUAAACUGCAAAAUGAAAUUUGCUGUCUACUUACCACCAAAGGCAGAAAGUGGAAAGUGCCCUGCACUGUAUUGGCUGUCCGGUUUAACAUGCACAGAGCAAAAUUUUAUAUCAAAAUCUGGUUAUCAUCAAGCUGCCUCAGAACACGGCCUUGUCGUCAUUGCUCCAGAUACCAGCCCUCGUGGCUGCAAUAUUAAAGGAGAAGAUGACAGCUGGGACUUUGGUACCGGAGCUGGGUUUUACGUGGAUGCCACUGAAGAUCCUUGGAAAACUAACUAUAGAAUGUACUCUUAUAUAACAGAGGAGCUUCCCCAACUCAUAAAUGCCAAUUUUCCAGUGGACCCCCAAAGGAUGUCAAUUUUUGGCCACUCCAUGGGAGGCCAUGGAGCUCUCAUUUGUGUUUUCAAAUUUUCUUUGUUUCUGAAGUCUGUAUCAGCAUUUGCUCCAAUUUGCAACCCAGUGCUCUGUCCUUGGGGCAAAAAGGCCUUUGGUGGAUAUUUAGGACCAGAUCAAAGUAAAUGGAAGGCUUAUGAUGCUACCUUUCUUGUGAAGUCCUAUCAAGGUUCUCAGCUGGACAUACUAAUUGAUCAAGGAAAAGAUGACCAGUUUCUUUUAGAUGGACAGUUACUUCCUGAUAACUUCAUAGCUGCGUCCACAGAAAAGAAAAUCCCUGUUGUUUUUAGAUUACAAGAGGGUUAUGAUCACAGCUACUACUUCAUUGCAACCUUUAUCGCUGAUCACAUCAGACAUCAUGCAAAAUACCUGAAUGCAUGAAAAACUUCAGGGUUAUCAAAGAUGUAAAAACAGUAUUGCCAACUACAAAAGGAUUUCAAAACGUUGGAUUUUAUAAUGCUAGAAGAACUUUAUUCUGUGGUUUAAUCACGUUCUGAAUAAAGAUAUAAAACUUCUGAUUGAGAAAA